CAUGCCUGAAAUUUUCAAGAACAGUGGUUAUAAAAAGAAUAGGGAUGAUUGGUGUCCAGCUCACUAUUAUGCAAUGUCGCUGAAGUGGGGAACAGUACUCGUCAGAAAGGAUACAAUAUCAAUGCCAAAGGAAGCUGAUGUAGUAAAUAUACAGCCGUGUUUUAAAAAGAAAGCAGAAAAUGAUAACGGACGAAGCGAUGACGGAAAUCCAAUUAAGGGAGAGAUUAACAACAAAUUAGAUAGCGAUUUUGAAAAACAAAAGGUUAAUUUUGACAAAUCAAACUCUCUGGAGAGGGAAGGCGAAGAUAAAUCUUCCCAAAAUCAUCAAUUUGUACUACCGGUUCCAAGAGCUAACAGUUUGCAUUUAGAUAAUUGUUUUGCGCAUUAUUUUAAAGAAAUACCAAUUCCUUCAGUUUUCGUUCCCCAUUUUGAAACGUACAUGGGCCCUUCUAUGUCGAUAAGAGGACUGAUUAUCUCUGAAAUUGACAGACUCGGAACAUUACCUUUAGUAGGCAAUCGAGAUGAAAGAAAAAGUAAAUUUCUUAAAUUUCAAAAGACAGAAUAA